GCGGGGCUUAGCGUUUGAACAAGGCUUGUCUGGGCGUUUGGACAGGGAAGAAACGCAAGUGGCUGACGUUUAGAAUUUAACGUUGUUCAGUUUAUAUGUGUUUUAUAAAUAAAAAGUCGUUAUAAAUGAGCGACCAGCACGGGACUGUCGUGAUUUUAAACAGAAACGUCCUCGUGGGUUCCAGUAACAAUUUCAAUAAUACAUAUUUGGUAAACAGACGAAGCUGGUGUAAAUAAUACGGGGGGCCAGUUCUGGCAAGUAUCGAACAGGCUUGCGAUGUUUGCUCCAGCGACUGCUGGCGGACCUUCCACCAUGGACGUCCUCAGAGAGAGAAUGCUUGAAAAGAAACAGGGCUCCUUAAAAGUAGCAAAACUGAACACAUCACUUGCACUGAAGAUCAAAACCAAGAUCCUAAAUAACUCCUCCAUCGUUCACACUUCUAUGAAAAUUAACAACAAAGCAUUGGCAUUGGCUCUGAGUGCCCAAAAGGAGAAAUGCAAACUUUUAGAGCAGGAAAUGAUUAAACUUCAAAAGGAAGCGGUGAUGCUGUAUGUUCAGAAUGCCUCCUAUAGUCACAGACAGAAUCACUUGCUUUCACUACUUAAAGAACUGCAGCAGAGCACACAUGAGAGAUUAGAUGCUGCUGUCCAGAUGUGUUCAGUUGAAGAUUGCCCAAGUCCAACUGGCUCCAAGAGAAGCAGCAAACCACCUCUCUCAAACAAUGCAGGGACCAGUUUCCAGAAUGCUAGUAACGAAGCCACUUGUGCAGCCCAGAAGUCACCUGUAGUGUCACUGGAGAAACCUGUGCUGCAGCCACAGCCACGGAGACCUGUGCAAGAGAAAUGCUUCCUGCAAUCACCACUGGAGGAGAACGCUGUUAACAGGCAGCCUGAAUCUGGGCAUUUCCUAGAAAAUAUGCAGCAUAUCGACCAAGAAGAUGCAGGAAUCUUUGCUUCCCCGUCACCUGUAGUGAAAGAGCCCUCCUAUCCCAGAGUCUCGCCUGACAGAGUCAUAAAAAAAGGGAGGAGAUCAUGCCUGGUUACUGCAGCACUUUUUGAAAGUUAUUCAAAAGAGUCCCCUGGGACUGAUGACUCUACAGUCAUUAAAACUGGCAAAAAACGAUCUGGAGUGGGAUGUCCAGGUGUUUCUCUUGCUGAAUCCAAUGGCUCUAAAGAGAGUCUUGAAUUACAGGUUCCUAAACAAGAAACCACAGUCUUUGAUGCUGAAAUGGAACUGACUGUCAAUGAGGAGACCGAAAUUGUAACUGUUGAAUCAAACUCCAGGGGGAAAAAUAUUGGGGAGAACAGAACACCAAAGCCGCGGAGUAAAAAGGGUGAUCCUGAAGCACUGAGAAACAUUAAGAAAAAGAAAAGGGAUCCUAGCAAAGCUAUUCCACUUGUAAAUUCAACUCGCCCAGUCUCUGAAAAACAGAGAAGUAUCAAACCUUUAGAUACCGACAAGGCAAUCUCAGAUGCUGUUGGUAGUGACUUGCAAACAGCAAGUUCAGCCUCUGCAGCUGAGGUGAGUGUAGCAGCCAAUAAGCAGCUGCACCAAGGGGAAGAGCAUUGCGGAAUAACAGAUGUCUCUCUGAGCACUGAAUGUAAAGACUGCAGAAACACUUAUAAAGUCUCAGUUUUUCAGAAUGCUGAAUAUACAGAUUGCAGAAAGGCUGGCAUAGUUUCAUCGGAAGCUUUGAAAUAUGCAAAUAAAUGUGAACAAAGCAGAGCACAACUUGUGCAAAUGGAAGAACCAUUGGAUCAACCAAAAGAUCUGUUGGAAGAAAAUACACUUGCUGAUUUUCAAACUGUAGAAACAAAACCACAGGACUUUUUAAAUGUUGAGACUAAAGAGAGCAGAAGAACGUACCUUGUCUCGGGCCCUCCAAGUGGAACUUAUUGGAACACUGCAGGUAAAGAUAACAGAAGAACAUUUGUAAUCUCAGAUUUUCAGAAGGCUAAACCCACAGCUAGCGGACUAUCGCACGUAGAGCCUGGGCAAGAAGAGAAUUUACAGAACCUUGCUCUCAAAGAUGAACCUGAAGAAAAUGCACAUAGUAGCAAUUUGAAGUUGUGUGAUGGAGCUUUCGUUAUGUCAGACAGAUAUGUUACCAAAAGGGAAAACUUCAUAAUCACCCCCCCUUUAUAUAAAGCAGGUGGUUAUUCUGUAGUAGAGGCCUGUGAAACAGAAGUUUGUGAAAGCAACAGCAGAGCAAAGGUCAGUAAACACAAAGAUAACAGCAGCAGCAGAAAGAGAAGGAAUGUGGUUGAUGAAGUCUUUGCAGAAAUAGGCACACAUUGUAACAAUAAUGUAAUGCAUAGCCAACCUGAGAGUGGUCUAAAUGAUCCUGUUGUGCAACGCUCUGCGAAAAGAAGCCGUAUUCCUCAGAAAUCAUGCUCUAACGUGACACAAGGAGAGAGAAAUGAUAACCCAAACAGGAAAACAUAUGUAGUUCAUCCUGCAAACAAGUUGAAAAGUUCUGAAAGCAGCCCUGAGAAUCAAACUAAGAAAGUUAAAUCUAAAAGCCGCUGUGCAAAAGUUGCAUUCCAAGAACCUGGUGUUCCAAAUCCCUGUUUUAUAUUCACUCAUAAUGAAAGUGAGUGUGUGAAAGGUAGCAAAACUGCUUCACAGGAAAAUCAUUUGGAAGUCAGCGGUACUCCUCUGAAAAGAGAGUCCUCUUCACUGGCAACUACAAACUCUGACCGUGCCGGAGGUGUGAUUUUAAAGCUACCUUGUGUUCAGAAGGCAUCAGCAGGUGGAGGAGGUGGUGUGAGAGUUUGUAGUGUGCAGGACACAUGUGCUUCAGAACAAACUACAAUGACUGUCGCCUCACCCAGGGCUGCAGCACAGAGAGCUGAAGAACACUCUGCCGUCCUGGAAAGCCUUCAGAAGUUGGUUCAAGAGGACAGUUCUCUUGGUGGAUUUCAGCUUUAUGGACCUGAAACUCAGGAGUGUGGCCUAUUUCAGAAUCUUCAUUCUCUGGUGAAUACUGUUAAAGAAAGUGAGAAGAUUGCACGUACUGUGAAGAGAAGUCGAGACAAAACCCCUGACGGAAGAAUACUGCAGACUGUAACCAACACCAGUUUAAGUACUUGUGAAGAAGCUGGUAUAGCCAAGAAACGCAGGCGAGCUGCAGCUGUUGCUAACUACAAGGAGCCACGACUUAAUAGCAAGUUACGUCGUGAAGAUCAAGAGAAACUGCAGCCCUCUGUGUACAAGGAGUACAAAAAACUAAAUGAGAUACAGAUUAAACUGGAAUCAGAUGUACCAAUGUAAUCCCUUUUCAUGUUUUUUAAAUUAUAUAUUUUCUAUUUGAUAAAAUACAAUGUUGUGUAUAACUACGUUGCUUUUGUUUUUACUGAUGUUCAAAGGAACUGUGUCUGUAUGUGCAGAGUGUACUGCAUGAUGGUCCAGUUUUACUAAAAAUACAUAUAUUUUAUAAUCCAAACUAUGCUCAUUAAUUAAAUUCAUUAUAUGAAAUUAAUUAAUGAGCAUGCCUCAGAAUAGUGGCACCCCAAAAUCUUAUCCAUUUACUGGAAACAACGCACUACAAGGGGUGGGACUUUUUGACUGUUAAAACACUCCUUGUUUAGUAAAUAUGUCAGUAUCACUUAUUUGCCCUGUUUUUUGCCUUGAUGCAGAAAUAAGGCCUGCUGAAAGUAUCUGUUUUAAAAUGUCUUGUAAUUUGUAAUGUGUGUUUGUUAUGGAACUUCUGUAACCUGAAGCUACAAUGUGCUUUUUUUAGUUUAUUUUUCUUUGUUAAACAUCAAUAAAUAAAGUGUAUGUAUUGCUGCUAAUUAAUAUUUAAUUGCUGCCUGUUUACUUGAGAAAUUGGAGUCUGUCAUGCUUCCCUAGAUAAGCCAAAGGGUUUCUUAGCAACAGAGCACUACUUUGGUCUCAAGGAAAGCCUCCCGAGUCUUUUCUGUAAAUACAUUCUAUAAUAACAGCAGCACGCUAUCCAGGUGCAGAACAGAUCAGAUCUCUUGUCUUUUCCCAAACUGCAAGCAGGUUUUUUUUUCUGUGGAGCUAAGGUAGAAAACCUUCAUCUUGGUAAUUAUGGAAAAAAGGCGCUUGAGGAAAGAGAUUGAACAUUUAUUGGGGGAAUACAUUGGCGUCAGACUCCGAGAAAACAGAUUUGAUCCGAAGGGUAAAAAGGAUUCAACUUUACUUGAUGACUUGGCACAUUAUGACUUGGCCAUCAAUGUUGCUUUACUUUGGUUGAACAAAGCUGAAGAAAAAGAGUUUACUGACAAUGAAAUACGAGUGAGCAGCUCCAGGGAGUGCAAACACCCCAAUAGGAUGGAGCGAGAGGCGAUGGUCCUCUCCUCCUUUGCUGGGAUUCUCAUGAAUACCUUGCCUGUGGACGAGCUCAUUUCCCUCUACAAGUAUAAACCCUCAACAACACGUUCUGGGCAGCACGCUAAGAGCCUAAUAGUGCACCCUUUCACCCUUUCCUGCCACCCAUUUGCAAUGCUCACGGCCAUCAAGGCUGUAGAACAUGCCAGGAAGCACAGUAUGAAGCUGAAUUCCUGGAAAUCAGCAAAAAACAAGUGUGAAAGUACGGCAGAUAAUACAGCUGCACAGGCAGCAGCUCCGCCCACUAAUGCUGAAGAAUGCACUCUGGAAGAUUACCACUAUGAACUACCAUGAAGAUUACUUGGGCUUCUUUGAUUUGUGUAAUGAUGAACUUUGUGAAUAAUUUGACUUCUGUUACUGUUACACUAAACUAAACAUUAUUUUAUAUGUUAAUAGUUGGUCGUUAUUUGUUUUUAAGCAUGUUACUGAGAACUAUUUAUCCAACUUGUUGCAAUUUAGGAAAGACAUUUGGAUGUGAGUCAAAUAAAUGGCUUGUGACUGAUGAUUCAAAGUAGACUGACCUCAACUCUUGCAUUGUUCAUGGUUUUCCAAAGUAAAGAAAAUGGGUCUUAUUCAAGGUGUAGACACAUUUAAACGUUAAAAACAUAAAGUUUUUAUUUUUUAUUUGAAUGUAA